GCUGAGGGAAGAAGAAAAAGAGAGGAGGGAGCAGAGGGGGGGAAAAGAAAACCUGUCCCUUUGUGUGGGAAGGACUCAGCAGGAAAGUGAUUUUCUGAUUAUUUGAGUUUGCCACCAAAGCAAGGCUCUUUCCCCCUGAACCGCACGCACAUUUUGUACACUCUGCAUGCCUCUGUUGCCUUACACCGGAGGCACAUAUGAGUGUGCUUCUCAGGCCGGCAAACAGCGACACCCGGGCUUCUCCUGAUGAUGAGAGCCGACGUCAGACUGGUUUCCAUGAAUAUUGAUGUGGAGGAUAGUCUGUUUCAUAGAAGAACAGAAGGAGGCAAGAUGGCUGCCCUUUAGGAUUUGUUAAAGAGGAGAUCCAGACGGUUUGUUGGAAUUUCUACAAAGUGGAGGGACAUAAAAGGAGGACGGACAGAGGGCAGCCCUGUGGAUGGACUCUGAGCAGGCCAGAUGGAAACAGAACAAGCCAGACAUGAGACGGAAGAAAGUCUGAUAUUAGCACAAUUUGGUACAUCUCGUAACAUCCCUAACAAAGUCCAGAAUGGAAGCCAGUCUUCAGAGGGAGAUUCUCUGCAAAUCACUGGGGAUACAAACUGGAACCAUUACAAGCCCAGCACAGGUGCCAACUCCAUGAAGAGGCACAGGGAGAACUGCAACAGCCCAGCUCCAGGGCAAGGGCUGUUCGAUCAGGGAUCCUUCAUGAUGAAUGGAGAGUUGAUGAAUGGAGAGUUGAAGCAUGCACUCACUGAGCAGUCCUUACUGGUUCACCAACCCAAGAAACUUAAAGUAGAUUCGGAGAUGAAAGGAAAUGAGGACAUGAGCUCCAGUUUGGUGGACAACUUUUCUGAAUUGACAAAGGCAACAGAAUUUGAAUGCAAUACACCACAGACAGACAUUAAGUUAGACAAGAGGAACUGUAAUUUUCCUAAUGGAGAUAUUUUCUGUUUACCAAGAAAUAAACAAAUUUCAAUUCCAAAUGGUGCUAUAUCACCCCCCUCAACAAUAGAAAGCACUCGGGGUGAUCUCUUAGAGAAAACGUUGUCUCAGUAUUAUCCUGAGCAAGUGUCAAUUGCCCGACAAACAUCUGGGCCACAACUAGAUGCUGUCAAUGGUUCACUGGCAAAUAAAAUGCCCAAUGAAGGUGCUCAACCUCCCUCUUUAACCUCAGGAUUGCCCAGUGCAGCUCAGAUGCCCAACUCACAGCAACAGCAGCCUGGUGCAUCUGGCAAUACUGAAGGAGGCAACAAUUACAACUCUGUCAACUAUGUAGUGAAUGGAUAUUCCAACAAUUAUGAAGCAGACCACCACCAGCAACAACAACAGCAGCAGCAGCAGCAGCAACAACAACAACAACAACAACAACAACAACAACAACAACAACAGCAGCAGCAGCAGCCGGCAUCUUACUCUGGUCAGGACCUGUCUCUAGGUCAGCUUCCAGGAAUGAUCCCACCUACAAAUACUGGCAAUAGCUCACAACAUCAAAACGGCCCAGAGUGUUAUCCAGAUGACACAAAUACUCAAGGUAUUUAUGAGAAAGCCAACCAGGAGUUUAACCAUAACUCUUUUCUGGAGCGCAAUGCUCCUCUCCAGGCACCUAAUUUAGGUGGAUAUGGGCCCUUUCCCAACUCUGGGAUACAAAAAAUUAGUCAAAAUGAUGAACCUGGGUCUGGUCAGCAUCAGCAACAUGGCACUGAUACGGGCCUCCAGUAUGGGAUUCAACCCCAGAACUUCCAACAAAAUGCUGGGAACCCACAUGGGGCUGACAAUACAGGUGCUAUGGGGCCCAAUCUCCAGCAGCCAUGCCAUGCUGGGUUAGAAAAUGGGAUUGAUAACUUGUCUCAGCAGAGAGCCAACUUAUCACGUUCAACUCCCAACCAGAGAGGCUGGAUAGAGCUGAACUCUUCACAUUCCCAGCAGCAACCUGUAAGUGGCCCAACAUCAUCCAAGGCACAAGAACAGGACAUGUGGAGGGGCUUCCCCACUAAGCCUCAGUCUGAGCAGCAGACAACUAACCCCCAGGUUCACAGCCAGAUGUUAGAGCCAAACCCAGCACAAAGGUUCCAGACACAGGGAGUUUUCACAGACAACAGCCAGGGGUCUAACAGCUUCCAGCAGCAACAGCAGGACUGUCUCCCGGCCCAAACGAAUUGUGCUUCAGCUCAGCACAACACUGCCCCUGAGUGGCAGCAAUCAAAUUCUAAAGCACCUCAAAUGCAGCAGCCUCUACCCCAGAAAAUAACUGAGCAACGUAACUUCCCCCAUAAUCAGCAGGCGGACAGUCGCUACCGCACCCCCAUGCAGUCAGAGCACUUAUGUGAAGACCCUGACCUGCAGGAUAUAUUGUCUCCUGGAUUUUUAACAACACAGCAACAACAGCACUGUAAUAUUCAACGUCCACUAUCCCACCCACCACAAUUUGAAGUGCAGCAAAUGAAAUCUCCCAAUUAUAGACCUCACAGUCAGCCUCAGCCAGGUCAGCAGCAGCUUCAACCAAACCAGCCACUUAGAAACAACUCUGUUCAAUCCAGCAACCAACUCAUCCAGCACGGCGACCAUGCAACAUUCAGUUACAGUAACACAACAGAGAUGCAACAAUUACAACAACAACAAAGGCAUUAUUCUCCGAACUCAGGCAGCAGUAACCUCAAGCAAUUUCAACCACAGCGGCCUAACAACCACUGCCACCAGCCCAACCACAUGGACUUCCCCCAGACCUCUACACAGUCACAACCUCACUUAACACAAGGUGCUUUAAACCAACAGGUAUCAACACAGAUGUAUCCUAAAGCUGAACAGCAGCUACAGACAUCAUGCACUCAGUUCCAAAGGGGACCUCGACUACCUCUGGGACCUGCAAGUCCUCAUGGAGACUUUCAGAAGCAUGCAGCCCUGCGUAUGCACCUGUUACAAAGGCAAGAGCGCCAGGGCCCUCCUCAUCCCCCUCAGAGCACUAGUGACCCCAAACAUUGCCUGGGAGCUGUAAAAAUGGAAAAUGGACCCAGAUUUGAGCUGCCUUGUUCACAGCAGCAGGAGCAGCAGUUACAGAUGCGAGAUCCAGGCAUAGGUGGAAUGCAAGUCAAGCAGGAGAAUCAACAGUCCUUUUGUGAGAAAGGUAAGAGGCAAGGCAGCAUCUUGGCCUCUAUGGAACAAACCCUGAGGCAGUACCAGCUUUCACCUGUGUUUGAGAAGAAAUCACUCGUCAUUAAUACAUCAAAUAAAGUCAAGGUGGAAUCUUCCGGGCCUGUCACAAUUUUGUCAACCAACACUGACCUGAGUGGAAUGGAAUCAUCAGAGGUGACCCCAGGCAAUGUAGCUCUAAAAAAACCACCUGAUUCCACCCCUAAGAAGGAACACCUUCUACACAGCUUCAUGGAGUCUCCUAUGAAGCUAUUGGAUACCCCUAUAAAGAAUCUCCUGGAUACUCCCAUGAAAACACAAUAUGACAUUGCAUCAUGCCACUGUGUUGAACAAAUCAGCGAGAAGGAUGAAGGCCCAUACUACACUCACUUGGGGUCAGCACCUACUGUUCCUGGUAUACGGGAGGCGAUGGAGAAAAGGUCUGGUUUAACUGGUCGCGCCAUCAGGAUUGAGAAAAUAUUGUACACCGGCAAGGAAGGAAAAAGUACACAAGGGUGUCCCAUAGCCAAAUGGGUGAUCCGCCGAUCCGGUGUAGAAGAAAAGAUACUGGUGUUGGUGCGGGAACGUGCUGGUCACAAAUGUGACACAGCCUGCAUCGUUGUGGUAAUCCUGGUCUGGGAGGGCGUCCUGCCUAGUGUGGCUGACCGACUCUACCUCGAGCUAAGUGAAACUCUAACAAAGCAUGGAGCCCUCACCCAGAGACGCUGCGCUCUCAAUGAAGAGAGGACCUGUGCAUGCCAGGGCUUAGAUCCUGAAGCCUGUGGAGCAUCUUUCUCUUUUGGUUGCUCCUGGAGCAUGUACUACAAUGGCUGCAAGUUUGCCCGGAGCAAAAUCCCAAGAAAAUUUAAGCUACUAGGAGAUGAUGUUAAAGAGGAAGAGAAACUGGAGCAAAACUUUCAAAAUCUUGCAACCUUACUGGGUCCUUUGUAUAAAACAUUGGCACCUGAUGCUUAUGCAAACCAGGUGGAACAUGAACAUAGGGCACCAGAUUGUCGUCUGGGGAAGAAGGAGGGCCGUCCCUUCUCAGGGGUCACUGCUUGUCUUGAUUUCUGUGCCCACGCUCACAGGGACCUCCACAACAUGCAGGGUGGCAGCACUGUGGUGUGUACUUUAACAAGGGAGGAUAACCGAGAGAUUGGAAAGAUACCAGAGGAUGAGCAGCUCCAUGUCCUGCCUCUUUAUAAGGCUUCCAACACUGAUGAAUUUGGUAGUGAGGAGGGUCAGCAGGAGAAAAUCAAGUCAGGCGCCAUCCAAGUCCUCAGUGCCUUCCGCCGCCAGGUGCGCAUGCUUGCAGAACCUGCCAAGUCUUGCCGCCAAAAGAAGCUGGAUGCUAAGAAGGCAGCUGCCAACAAGAAUGCCAUGCUAGACAACUCUAAUGAUAAGGCAGAGAAGGCCCUCCUGGCCAAGUCAAAAGCUGGCACUUAUGAGAAUAUCGGUCAUAGCACUCCGAUGGCAGGACCUAUUCCAGGUGCUGUGGGAGCAACCCUACAGUCAGGUCAGCCAACACACCCCCUUGGGAUCCAUCCUCGGGAACUACAGCAACAACAUCACCAGAGUAUUCUUCCAUCUUAUCCUGGUGUAACAAAUGCAGCCAGCUACCCCAGGUUCCCCAACCAUCCUGGGUCUUUUGCAAGCACUUCCAAGCCAGGCAGCAUGUAUCACCCUCAGCCACCAACACAAGCCAGCCCUUACCCCUCCCCGCUCCAUGUACCAAAUUCUUACAUUAAUGGAUCAAAUCGUCCCUACCCAGGCUUUCAAUGUAAUGGAGAAAUGCCCCUUGACAAUUACCAUCCAUACUAUGCUUCAAACCCAAAGCACGUGGACAUGUAUCGACAACAGCGGCCAGCGCUUUAUUCAGAGCAGCAGUACAGUGUACAUCAACGUUAUGACGUCAAUUAUCCACCAAGGUAUGGUGAGCCAGGUUUACAGGUCAAUGGUUACAAUGCAUGCAACAUGAGGCCAGUUCACCCCAUGAGACCGUACUCUCCUUAUGGCCCUAAUGGAGGCUCAGAUCCACGGUUCAUGGACCCCUUCUCAAGAGCACCCCCAGCCCAUGGAAGUCUAGACUAUACAGCUACUGUGAGCAAAGGCAAUCAGUUUGGAGGAUACCCAAAUCCAUACCUCUCUCGGAACCCACAAAUGUUACCACCACGUGAAGAUCCUUUCCAUAGGCAAAUCAAGACAGAGAUGGGCAUGUCUGGCCCACAGAUGCUUGCUGCUCAGUUAAGUGGUGGGUGUUUAAAUCCUGAAACACAGUCAGGGUUAGGUCUGCCCAAUGGGAGCCUUAUGGGAUCUGGUAUUAAACAGGAGCCUGGAACACCACAGACACCCACAACCCCACAAAAGCCAGAGAUGUGGUCAGACAAUGAGCACAACUUCUUGGACCCUGACAUCGGUGGUGUGGCAGUGGCACCUAGCCAUGGUUCAGUCCUCAUUGAGUGUGCUAAACGGGAGCUCCAUGCUACAACACCUCUUACAAACCCAGACCGCAACCACCCUACACGCAUCUCCUUGGUCUUCUACCAGCACAAAAAUAUGAAUGAGGCUAAGCAUGGUCUGGCACUGUGGGAAGCCAAGAUGGCAGAAAAGGCUCGAGAGAAGGAGGAAGAUGCAGAGAGGAAUGGUUGCGAAGGGACACCAAGCAAGGGCAGCAAGAAGGGGGUGAAGCGAGAGCAUUCAGAGUCAUCAGAAACCACCGGAGAGCCUCCUUACAAGCGUUUUAUCAAGACACUCAUGGAGGGGUCCUUGUCAUGCACAACAAACACCCAUGUCAGUACAUCUCCGUACGCCUUCACCAAGGUCACAGGGCCUUACAGUCAGUUUGUGUAAAACAAGUGCAUGGAGAAGAAAAUUGAAGGUGCUUUAUUUAUGACAAACAAAGAACACAAGCACCUCUGGUCUCAUCUAAAACACUCCUUCCUAUUCAUAAGGUUAGUAACACUGUUGCGUAGAAAAAACAACCUGUGAUCAGAUGACAAAAAAAAAAAAAUCACCUAUUACAUCAGGUCUUUCACCUCUUUAAAAAUCAAGCUUUACUAGUUGACCCUACUAAGAUGUAUUUAUUUUUGUUUAGAUACACACUGUCAAAAUCUCUGGUGCUUUCAGUCUGAUACAUAAGGACCUAUUUUUACUGGAAACAAAGUUUCAUUUUUGCUGGCUUUAUUUUUCUUACAAAAUUUUGGAGAUGUAAUCUUGCCAUAAAAUACUGACUUUGUGAAUAACAACAUUCACGGUGCUAAGGGUGUGUGUUCAUUACCAUCUUUUUUAAUUCAAAUGCCUUCACACUAUAACCAUGACACUCUUUAUGAGUGACACUCAAUAACUUAUGUCAACAGGACGCUGAAAAUAUCAUCACACUGUCAAAUCAUCAGCUUCAUAAUGGUUUCUGGCAAGUCAGUGUUUCUUGAGCACUUUUUGAUCACGAGAGUUAAAGUCUGUGUAAAGUCAAUUCAUUGAUUUACUUCUAAACAUAUUAUACAUGUUGGAAAAUGGUAACAGAAAACAUGUGAAAAGGCUGAUAACUAUGCAGUACUGAAUUGUGGAGAUAGAGCCUUAAACUGUUUCUCACCGUCUCAUUUUUCCUGAUUUUCUGAGCCUGCAAAAAAGGGGUACCCCGUGACGUAGUGGCGUGCCUGCGUGACCUUGGUCCCUCCCCUACUAUAUAAGACCGAGAGUCCGCUCUCCUCAGUGGUUAACCUGCCUCGUGGCCAGUUAUUGUUAAUAUCUGACACUACUACUACUACAGUCUACAGUUAGCCAGUUAGCUGAGCUAGCCGCCGAGCUAGCCGCUCAGUUAGCGGCAGAAAGCUCCAUGUUUCUGGCAGAGGUUGUGACUUUGAUUGACAGGUGACACUUGGUAGGGGGCGGGGUUUCAGCGAACUUGGCGGGCACUCCCACAGCGUUUGGGAGCAGAGAAAGAUGCAGACUUUUACACAACUUUGAAGCCUAAUUUCAUAUAUUUGGCGAUUUUUUUAAUCAUUCAAAUUUGGCAGGGUGGUUAACAACACACUUUUCUGUGGUAUGUCAACCUCAAAACACAUAUUUAUUCUUACUUUACACGGACUUUAAAUGUUUUGGUAAGACCUUUAAAUCAUAAAAUGUGGUUAUUCUGUAUUGCAACAUUGACAUUUGUAGCACCCUUAAAAUGAAAUUGGUGAAUUUAUAACAGAGGGUUGAUUUAGCAAUCCAUGAUACUGUUUCUGGUUCAUGCAAAAAGGUUUUCUGUUUUUUUUCUUAGAAAACCAUUGUGUUGGUGCUUCUUUCUCUUUCCUAUGUCAUUUAUACUGUAAAUUGAGCCAUUCUAAUGGUGCAUUUUUAACUUUUUGAGGAAAAAAAAUCAUCAUGUUUGUGUUAUUUUAGUUUUUUCCAGGUUUGCUUGGUUAGUGACUGUUUUUAAUGUUCCUUUACCACAGGUUCAUUGAACAAACCUGGAUUGUGAAUAUUUCAUGUAGUUGUAUGUAUGUGGUGCUUAGUAAAUGUGCUUUUUAUACACUGAGGAACAUGAAACAGGGUAAGCUCAGUGUCAGUCUCAGAGGGCAGCUGGCUUGCUGUGGGUUCUUUAAUUAUUGUAAUCUAACUGUAAGAUAAACAGGUGAGAUUUGUACAGUAAAUUAAUUUCCCUUUUUGGAAUUACUGUUAUAGAUUUUGUGUUGUAAAGAAUGCUAACAGCCUAUUUCAUUGUAUGUCUUUGGGUUUCAACUGAUUUUAUUUCAUAAGGUGCUAUUCAACCUGCUAGAAACAUACAAUGUGAGACUCUUUGGGCAGUGAGAAGGCUAUUAAAUAAUGUACAGUACCAACCUCUCAUAUACCUCAAACCCAGUUUGGCAAUAGGAUUAUAACAUAUUUUUCUUCCUUCCUACCUUUCUUCCUUUGUAUAUUACCUUCAAAAUGUUAAUAACAGUUUAACUGCAGGCCACCAAAAGGCAGAAAAGUUCAUUUCUUACUUUCUUAUCAAUGUGCUAGAAAGUAUUACUUGAACUUGAAUCUUUGAUGUUACUGUAAAAUCAGGGACAUUUUCAACUAAUUUUGUGUACAUCUUCAUCGCCUGUAUUCAUCUUGUCUUUCCUCAUUCAGGGACUUGCCAUUGCAUCCUGAAUCCCAAUACAUCUAGUCUAUUAUACUUCACAGACAAAAAUAUUUUGUGAGGAAAAAAUACUUUCCUACUUUCCUACAAUUUUUACUUUUAUUUUAGGUAGUUGGUAGGUGGUAAUCUUUUAAAAUAAAUUUGAACAUAAAGUAUGCACUGAGUUGACUAAAGGGAAAGUAUGAUGUUGACUAAGUAAAGAGCAAUGUUUUUUCUUUUGUUAUGAGGCAAGACCAGGGCAGUGAUUAACGUAGUUGCACAUCUGUGUGCCUGUGUAUAGUUAAAUUUAUUUAUAACCACUAAGCAAUUGUAUAAUGAUUCUUCUCCCUCUUAUUUGUUUUAAUUAAUGUGAUAUAUAAUGGAAUGACUGUCAUGAUAUAGUAACAACUCACCCCACUCUUCAACAUAUUCAUUUUCUGAAAGCACUUCAUUUCUUUUUCAGGAAAAAAAAUGUAAUAAAGAAUUACAAAACGUUUUAUUUAAACAGAUUGUAAAUGUGUUAAAAAAUAAAUAAAUUAUGUCACAUUGUACAUACCAAGAAUUUGUAUUGCAGGAAUACAACUCAUUCUUUUAAUUUUUAUGUUAAUGUAGGUUCUUCUAGUUCUGUCAAAUUGAUCCAUAGCUUUUCUAUCAGCAAUCCUCAUCAUAUCUUAAAACAUCCUUUUGGCUCUUUCAGGUUACCAGAAUGAUCAUGGUUAGAUUAUCCAGGAAGUCUCUGUAAAUAUUACACUGUCAUAGCAAUGUUUACAGUUAAAGUAUCCUGUUAGCCCAAACAUUAGAAGUUAUAGUUUUUUUUAACUGUUCCAGUUUUGUAAAAUAAAUCUACAGAAAUAAAAUGUUGAAUUUCGUUGUACAGGACCCAGCUACAGUAGCAGGUUGUGGUUGAGAAUGCCAAGGUUUCGCCAAGAUAUAGCGGGUUAAAAGCAUAGCCAUACUUGAAGAUGCUUCAGAGUGUUUCUGAGUGAGUCAACAUUACUUGAAUGACUUUCUGGGCAUAACUAGUGCACUGUAUGUGCUCAGCUCAAAGGUUAAGCUAGCAGUUGAUCUACACAUGGUCUUUUUGCAGUCAGACACUAAAAGUAUAAAAAAAAAAGUGCAACUUUUGUCAUUUUAUUUUUCAAGGCUUCCCUUGUUCUCCUGAAGUUUGGUAUGCUAUAAAAUGGAAUUAAGGAUGGGUAUUAAUACUGUAAGUAUUGUAAUGUACUGAAUGCAGUUUAUUUGAAAGCUGUUUAUUAUAUCAUUCCUGAUAUUGCUGAGAUGUGGGUGUUUUUUUAAUAAAAUUUAUAUUUAUUUAAAGCAAA